AUGGCGUCUUCCUGUGCACCAACCAAUGCUGUGCUGCGGACUCUAGGGCGAGCACUCAGAGAACAACAACUGCGAUCCUCAAGCAGACCCCUACACCAUCACCCUCACCAUCGUGUGUGCUCACGCUCAGCGGCCACCUUCACCCAUCCUCGACAUGCUCAAGCCAUCUCCGUCCUCCCCACCGCGGUCGACAAGUCCAGUCAGGACUUCAAGGAUAAUUCAGCGCAAUUGACCCAGAUCAUGACCAAGUAUGCUGAGCUGCACCGGAAAAUUCAGAAGGGAGGCCCUCAAAAGGCGCGAGACAAGCAUGUGGAAAGAGGAAAGAUGCUGGCAAGAGAUCGCGUUACAGCCCUGAUCGAUCCAGGCAGCCAAUUCCUCGAGCUGUCGCCUCUAGCUGCCCACGAGAUGUACGACGACGAUAUUGCUGCGGCCGGCAUCAUCACGGGUAUCGGCACGGUCGAAGGCGUCACAUGUAUGAUCGUAGCAAAUGACGCUACGGUCAAGGGAGGAACAUACUAUCCCAUGACCAUCAAGAAGCAUCUGCGAGCUCAGGAGAUUGCUCAACAGAACAGACUGCCAUGCAUCUAUCUAGUUGACUCGGGCGGUGCAAACUUGCCAAAUCAGAAAGACGUCUUUCCGGACCGAGACCAUUUUGGACGCAUCUUCUUCAAUCAGGCAAGAAUGAGCAGCCAGGGAAUCCCACAAAUCGCUGUUGUCAUGGGUCCUUGCACCGCUGGAGGCGCAUACGUCCCUGCAAUGUGUGACGAAUCCAUCAUCGUCCAGAAACAGGGAACCAUCUUCCUCGCUGGACCACCUCUGGUCAAAGCUGCGACAGGUGAAGUCGUGUCUGCCGAAGACCUCGGCGGCGGGGAGCUACACAGCUCGAUAUCUGGCGUCACCGAUUACCUCGCUGUGGACGAUGCACACGCUCUCGUCCUCGCGAGAAGGUCGGUGGCCAACCUGAACUAUCCCGCGGAACAGCCCGCCCCAUCCGAGGUCAAGGAGCCGCUAUAUGAUGUGGAUGAGCUAGCUGGCAUUGUGGGCACCAAUCUUCGCAAGCAGAUCCCAAUGCAAGAGAUCAUAGCCCGUAUCGUCGACGGCAGCGAAUUUUCCGAGUUCAAGAAAGAUUAUGGAACAACCCUUUUGACCGGAUUCGCCAAAAUCUACGGCCACCGGGUCGGUAUAAUCGCCAACAACGGCAUCCUCUUCUCUGAAUCGUCACUCAAAGGUGCUCACUUCAUUGAACUUUGCUGCCAGCGCAACAUCCCGCUGGUCUUCCUGCAGAACAUCUCAGGAUUCAUGGUUGGCGCCGACGCAGAGAAGGGAGGCAUCGCCAAGAACGGUGCGAAGCUCGUCACCGCCGUCGCCUGUGCCAACGUACCCAAAUUCACUGUUGUCAUCGGCUCAAGCGCCGGAGCGGGGAAUUAUGGCAUGUGCGGCCGCGCGUACUCGCCACGGUUCCUAUGGAUGUGGCCCAACGCAAAGAUCGGUGUCAUGGGUGCUGAUCAGCUGACCGCCGUCAUGGAGACCGUGGGCAAAUCGGUGGAUCCCGAACUGCGGGAUCGUAUCGAGCGUGAGAGCGACGCCACCUUCUCCUCCGCUCGACUGUGGGAUGAUGGAAUCAUUCCACCCGCUCAGACGAGGCACAUGCUCGGCCUUGGCCUCAAGGCUGCGUUGGGCGGGCGCACCGAGGACGCAAGCACCAAGUUCGGUGUGUUCAGAAUGUAA